CGACACUUUACCGGCGCACGAGCCGUUUCAGUGACGUCGACGCUCCGCGUGUCAACUAAAAAACAAAACAAAAUAUUAGUUUAACAACAGCAAUAGAAAGUUUUGGAGUCGCUGUUUUCCAGAGGAGCCGAUGAAAGAUUGACUGCAGUUGAAGAUUGCAAGAAAGUGAUAUAAAGGCUACUCAAAGAUGCUUUAAGUCAGAGCAAUAUGAUGGGUCUCCUCCUGCUGCCUUGCCUUAUUUGUGACCAAAUAAUGGCAUCAAGGGGUCAGGACCUGCUUCUUUUGCUGUCUUGGAGCUCCUUAUUUAUUCAACACUGAGAAGUCAUAUUAACUCACGAGUAUGCUUGCAAACGUAUCCUGUGUAAACAGCACUGAUGUCAGGGUGGAUGGCAAGCCGGCUAUGAGCAUCAUCAUGUUUGUGGCUGCUGUGGUGGGAAAUCUCUUGGCCCUCUUCAUCCUUGGAGUCCACCAGAAGGAUAAGCGCACCAGGUCUUCUGUUUUCUGCAUCCUAGUGACUGGCCUGGCCCUCACAGACCUGUUGGGAACCUGCCUCCUCAGCCCACCUGUGUUCAUCUGCUAUGCUUAUAAAUUGUCACUCAUUGGUUUGACGGGCAACCACCACCUUUGCAACCUCUUUGCCUUGGCCAUGACUUUCUUUGGCUUGGCACCGACACUCAUCCUGUGUGCCAUGGCCGUGGAGCGCUGCCUGGCCAUCAGCCAUCCUUACCUUUACGCCAAACACAUCCGCUGCAGCUUUGCAAAGUAUGUCCUCUUCUUUAUUUACCUCUUUACUUCGGCCUUUUGCCUCUUGCCUUUCAUUGGCUACGGCCGCCACAGACAGUACUGUCCCGGGACGUGGUGCUUCAUUGACAUGGACAUGGAAGGAGAUGAAGCUGGAUCGUGGGUGCUAGCCUUCUCUCUGUCCUACUCUUCCCUAAUGGCGCUACUAAUUUUGGCAGUGCUUGUGUGCAACGGGUCAGUGAUUGUCAGCCUGUGCCAGAUGCACCGGAGCCAGAUGAUGCGGCGAGGCUCUGUCGCAUCAAUGGGUAGAAAGCGAAAGAUGAGCCUAGCCUGGUUUGGACAGGGAGAAGAGGAGAUGGACCACUUGCUACUGCUGGCAGUCAUCACCAUCAUCUUUAUGAUUUGCUCACUACCACUCACGAUUGCAGGUUUCAUCAAUGCCAUUGACCCGUUCCCGAAUGACCAGAACAACCUGACGGCGUUCCGUUUCUAUGCCUUCAACCCCAUUGUGGAUCCCUGGGUUUUCAUCAUCUGUAGAAAGUCUGUGUUAAGGCACCUCCUGUCUCUGCUGAGCUGCCGGUUUAGCAGAGGAGCCGUGAAGACGACGACGAUGCACGCUUCAAUAUCAUUUCCCCCGGACAAUCACAUACGUCGAAGCCCCGUGGACAUGACGCUGUCGCAUCCCGACAUCUACUCAAGUUUGGUUCUGUGAUGUAGCCGUUCACUGUGGAGUUUUUUUCUGAACCAACAUUGUAAAAUUAAUUGCACUAUACUUCCACUGACUGAUGGACACCAUUUCAAAUGUACAAAUACUAUCAUUUUGUUGUAAAUGUCAGCGCUGUAAUUUAGCACGAGGACACAGAUUUAGUGUUUAAAAUAAAAAACUUUCUAUUAAAAACGACGACUUGAAGCCAGUAUUUAGAUUUAGCUUUCCAGAUUGCCUUAGAAUGCAGAAAAAAGGCUGGAGAGCUGUGCACUUGGACCCCCCCUACUCAUGUUGAAGCUAGAUCUACCCCUGAUUAAUACAGUAAAAUGUAAAAUAUCAGAACGUUUUCAUUCCUUAAUAUCACUAACGGUAUCGGGUCACAAAAUCUGCUUUACACACACUUGGAAACUCAUUCUAUGAAAUGUAUUUAUUUGUGAAGAAAAGCACUAAUUACAGCCCAAACCUUGGCUCAGAAUAAUUCAUGGGAAUGCUCAGUGGUCAUUCCCACAAAUGUUGCAGCCAGAAAUAAAACAAUGUUUUUGUAUUGGUUUGGAGGAUUUUAAGCAUGCACCCCUCCUCCUCCUUGACCUGCUGACAUCCAAACACACACUCAACUGAGUACUCACUGGUUCACUCAGUUAUUCAACCUGCAGUUUAUCUGUCAUCUUUGAGAGCUGCACUUUGCUGUGGAGAAAUAUUAAUUUAACGUCCCAGCACAGAAACAUUUCUCGGCACAGUCUACGACCUGGAAUAUUACAUGUUGUUUAGCAAUGACAAGUCGAGAUAUAAAUUAUUCUGCACCUGUACCUGUAAAUUUAUUUAUCAUCGUGCUGCUCUGUGUUACUUUUGAAGCAUUUUUUUCAACACGUGUGAUUCUGAAGAAACAUUCCUGAUGUUUGUGCAAUUUCAACUCAACAUUCGUGACCUUUUGAAACCAUGCAGUCGUAAAUUGCUCAGAGACCAUUUAAAGCUGAAGUAACUCAUUUGGUUUUAGGAAAUGAAUUCAUAUCUUCAAAGAGUUGUCUGAUUUGUCACUUUGACUCAGAUUUAGACUGAGUCUUUAAUCCUGGUCCGUGCAUGUCAGUACAUGUGAAUUGCAUGAAUCUUUGAUGUCGUCCUUCUCUGGUGUUUCUGAGCGACCUGCGUCUGUUCUUUUGGGAACCCGCCUCAGUAAACUUAUGAUCCUGUUUUUGAAUAUCUGCUGCUGCAAAAUGCACUGUGAAAAAAGUGUUGUUGUUGUUGUUGUUGUUGUUGUGACUUUAUUGCUGUAUGUAUUGUAGAUAUUGACUGUGCUAUAAUGUCUUGUACGGUGAAAAUAGUGUUGUUUGGUGUUCUGUGGUGGUGAGUAGUGACACAGGGAUAACUCGAUGUGAUUUUAGUGUUUUUUUUUCUCUUUGCAUGCUCUCGCUUUUAAGAUUAUUGAUGCUUAUCUAUGACCCGUCAUACAGCAAACAAACACAAAUACACGCUCACAAUAAAGUUGGGCUGUAAUUCAAUAUUAUUAUGCAGUGACUUUCAGUGGAAUCAACUUUUUAAUUUAGCUAACUUAUUUCCAGAUUAAUGAUUCCAAGCAUGGUGAAAUUUAAAAAAAAAAAAUUAGGGUAAACUAAUAUUAAGAAUUUCACACAUUUCCCAACAGUGACCUGAGGUUAUGUCUUUGAUACUAGGCCCCUUCAGUGGAUCUUUGUGUACUACUGGACUGACUUUGUGUCAAAUGGUGACAUUUUAGCCACAUGGUGUGUUUCUCUGGGCAUGAUCCAGUAUGUAAGUGCCUCAGGGUUGAGGGCGCCAGCGGCUGGAGAAGACCAAGGACACGCCCACGUUUCAGAUGGCUGCAGCAGAUAGAUGGUAACUUUUGAGAGGGUGGUUGGACACCCCAUUGCGUUGCUACCAGACUGGACCACCAUCAGAUGUUCUGGUCAUCACUUUAUUUUACAGUAUAUCUUAUUUUUACACACAUUUUCCACUUUGUUUUGCAGUAUGGUUUCAGUGGUUUUCUAAGCUAUGAAAAAGCUGAGACGUGUAAAAUCCAGUGAGUGUAUCAAGAAGCCCCCCCC